AUGGCGGAAGCCCCUCCGAUCUACUCUUCCUUGCCGGCGGCGGUCACCUCUUCUGUUAGCUCCCCUAAGUACUGUACGUCUUUUAUGAUGAUGCUGAAGAUUAAGAGGGUUCCUACUGUGGUUUCAAAUUACCAAAAGGAAGACACGGAGGAUGGCGGCCACCAUGCAGCCGGCUGCGGCCGCAAUUGCUUCAGAAGCUGCUGUCUUCCCGGGGCAAAACUACCUCUGUACGAGUUUAAGAAUGGAAAUAAGGUUGUUUCUGAAAAGAGUUUGAUUAGCUCUGAGAACGAACAGCCUCCAGUGGAGUUCUUGGAUUCCCUUCUGCUGGGGGAGUGGGAGGAUCGUAUGCAGAGAGGACUCUUUCGUUAUGAUGUCACUGCUUGCGAAACCAAGGCAAUUCCUGGAAAAUACGGGUUUAUUGCGCAGAUAAACGAGGGAAGGCACCUGAAAAAGAGGCCGACAGAGUUUCGAGUUGAUAAAGUCUUGCAGCCAUUUGACGAUAACAAGUUCAACUUCACAAAGGUUGGCCAAGAAGAGGCACUCUUCCAAUUUCGAGCUUCCUCGGAAGACAAUGUUGCCCGAUUUUUCCCAAACGCACCAAUUGAUGCUGAGAACUCGCCCAGCAUCGUCGCUAUUAAUGCAUUUUUAUUUGCUAUUUCAAGUGUCAGCCCAAUUGAGUAUGGGCACGUACUGCUCAUCCCCCGGAUUCUCGAAUGCCUGCCCCAGAUGAUCGACCAUGAGAGCUUCUUGCUAGCUCUUCACAUGGCUGUUGAAGCCGGAAAUCCCUACUUCCGCUUGGGCUACAACAGCUUGGGUGCAUUUGCCACCAUCAAUCACCUUCAUUUCCAGGCAUACUACUUGGCCUUAUCUUUCCCAGUUGAAAGAGCUCCUUUGAAGGAAAUAAUCACCACGAGUGGUGGUGUGAGAAUCUCGUACAUCCUCGAGUAUCCGGUCAGAGGCUUCGUCUUUGAGGGUGGGAACACUCUGGAGGAUUUAUCAAGAGUUGUAUCAAGUGCCUGCAUCUGCCUACAAGAGAAUAACUUACCCUACAAUGUGCUCAUUGCUGAUUCUGGAAAUCGAAUUUUCCUCUUCCCACAGUGUUAUGCAGAGAAACAAGCUCUGGGUGAAGUGAGUGCUGAGGUACUCGAAACUCAGGUUAAUCCUGCUGUUUGGGAGAUAAGUGGACAUAUGGUCUUGAAGAGAAAAGAGGAUUACGAGAAUGCGUCCGAAGAAAAUGCUUGGAGACUUCUGGCUGAGGCUUCUUUGUCUGAAGAGAGGCUUCAGGAAGUGAAGGAGCUUAUAUUUGAAGCCAUAUGCAACUACAUUGUGGAGAAUAAGGUUGUGAAUGAGACCACAUUUGUUGAGGAAAUGGCCUGUGAGGAUGUGGAUGACAUCAAAGGCUCUCAGGCUACAGUGGUGGUGCCCGUGUAGCUGAGUGAGUAUUACCUGGAUGUUAUGUACAGUAAUAUUAGAAGUGAACUCGGAAGUUCUCCAUGGUUUCACUUCAGAAUUUGCGUGAAUAAAUUUCCAACUUUGUUUGCCCAGUUGGAUUAUGUAUAAGGUAUGCCAGCCUGCCCGGUUCAACAUGUGCAUGUUAUGGUUUGUGUAUAAUUAUUGUGUGUUAUGAAUAUUUCGAUCAGACCUUGAACAAGUCAGAAAUUAAUUUGGUUUGCAUCAAAUAUGGUUUCCACUGUUUUAAAUUCGUUGUCCAUAUGCUAUAGCUAUAGCAAACCAAUAUGCCCAAUAAGUGCAUUAUGCUUGAUCCAUCCGAUACGUAUAGCUAUACUGCAUGGCUGCAUGCAAAUAUAAAAUGCAAAUACUGACAUGAUUUUCUUUAGUUAACUUGAGGUCUGUUCGUUAGAUAAUGACUAUGUUUGGCAAAUUUAGUUGAUAAGGUAGUUUAUAAGGUUAUGUUUGAUAUACUUGGCUGAUAAGCUAGCAGAUCAUAAGUGAAUUUCGAGCUUAUACCUGAUAGUUUAUGGUUUAUGGCUGAAAAUUUAGCAGAUACGAUAAGUGUUUGGUAAAAUUAGCUGA